GGGGAGGAGCCUGUGAUAAAACAACAUUUCUUUUCACUUCCUCUUUUGGAUUUCAGAAUUUGUCUGUCCUCUGGGGUGGAAUCUGUCAAGUCUCAAGAGAAGCCUGUGCCUGCCACACUGGUGCUGCUAGAGCUGACGUGUGCCAGGACCUCUCGGUCCUCUCCCUCCCUGCUGCUGAUAGUGACCAGGCUGGUUGCAUGCCCUGCCUUCGUCGUUUGGGUGACAUGCUACUGUGGGCAGCUCUGCUACUCCUGGCUCCAGUCGCUGGGACACCUGCAGGUCUCCCGAAGUCUGUCCUGGACCUCGAGCCUCCGUGGAUCAACGUACUCCAGGGUGACUCCGUGACUCUGAAGUGCCAGGGGGCCCACAGAGCUGAGGAGCACACCCAGUGGUACCAUAAUGGGAGCUUCCUCCCAAUCCUGGUCCAGUCCAACUACAGCUUUGAGGCCAAAAAACAGGACAGUGGGGAGUACAGAUGCCAGAUGUACCAGACCAGCGUCAGUGACCCUGUGCAUCUGGAUGUGACUUCCGACUGGCUGCUGCUCCAGACCCCUCGCCUGGUGUUCCAGAAGGGGGAGUCCAUCAGGCUGAGGUGCCACAGCUGGAAGAACAAGCUUCUGUACAAGAUCACAUUCUUCCAGAAUGGAAAAUCCAAGCAGUUUUCUUCUCUGAAUUCCACAUUCUUCAUCCCAGAAGCAAACCUCAGUCACAGUGGCCACUACCACUGCACAGGGAUGAUAGGGCAGAUGCUGCGCUUGUCACAGCCUGUGGCCAUCACUGUCCAAGGAUCCGACUCGAGUGACUCCUCCGUGGUGAUGACAAUUGUGUCUGCGGUUGCUGGCACGGCCGUCGUGGCCAUCCUUGCUGCUGUAGUGGCCUGGCUCCGCCUCAGGCGAAAGCAAACUUCAGCCAAUGUCACUGAUACCGAAGAGGCUGCCAAAAUUGAGGCUGAGAACACCAUCACCUACUCGCUCCUCCAGCACCCGGAGGAGGAGACAGAGGCCCCGGAUUACCAGAACCAGAUUUAGUCUCCAUCGACUUGCCUGAGACCCAGGGAAGAGAAUCCGAGAGACCGGGACGCAGGUCCGAGUUCCCCGUGGGAAAGACAAGAGGAUGCCACAGCUCCAGAGAAGGAGGGGGACCCUUCCAGGGUCAUCUGCGUGAAUCCUGAAGGCUCCCUGUCCUCAAAGUCACAGACUGUACUGGUUCCUUCUGUGUCUCAGCACUUCGCGCCAUCUAGACUCUUCUCCAUACAUCCACAAAGCAGAUACAAAUUACUUGGAUUAGGAGAUCGUAGCAACAUGGGAAAGGCUUAUGUUAUAGGUUACCUGAGAAAAAUUAUGUAGGUGUAUAUGAUUCAGGAAUGUUGAAACAGACUGACGUUUGCCAACAUCUUAGAAGUGGUGGUUUCGGGGUGAUGAGAUUAUUGGUGAUUUUCAUUUUCUUUAUUUUUCUGUACAGAUCAUGUAUUACAUUUUAUAAUAAAAUACUAGAAAAACAGCA